GACAGAAGGCUUUCUUAAACAAAGAUGUGAGCACCUCCUCCUCCUCCUCUUCUGCCUUGGGGCCAGAAUAGUUAAUGAGGUAUUUUGUCUUUUUUUAGGACCAGAGGAGGAAAGUGAGAGGGGGAGGGAGGAAGACAAAGAUGAAGUGUGAGAGGAAACAGGCCUGAAAAAGCGCCGAGCUGCAGGUGUGAGGCCCAGUUUCUGUCCGAGCGCUGAUCUGCAGAUUCAUGCAGGGUUUUAGUGGAACGUCAAAAAGGGAAAAUGAAUCCUCCAAAAAGAGGAAGGUGGUCCACUGAGAAGGAGAAGUGUGCCAGUGCGUGCCUCUGCAGCCUGCAAUUUCAGAGCAAAAAUAAAAGCCAGCCAGUAUAAUCAGCUGAAACGCACCAACCAGAUCCCUCACUCCGCCCACCAGAUACAAACCCUCCAUUCUUGGAUUUUUUUUCUCAUUCACUCCAGCGGGACGCCUGAGAGCAGGACGUUUGGACAGGAACUGACCAAAAAAAGUCCCCUGACGGGAUCAAACGCAGAAAGUUGUGACAAAUCCAGAAGAAGGAGAGCUUCGCCCUGAAUUUCUUCACAAGAGGCAGAGAUAAUCUGCACAGCUGUUCCACGAGGAGAAGAAAAACACACAGAUAAAGGCAGAGAGGAGGCGCACAAGUGUGAAGGGCGACAAAAGGAGACCGACGAAGGCUGGGGAGGCGAUAAAAGGGAGCGAUCCGAGUCGAAGGCCAGGGAGGUGAAACCCAAACACCUGACAUGACUUUAGCGGCCGGAAUGGAGGUGCAGCCACACCGGAGCGGCCUCUUCUGAAGGAGAAAAGACAGAGGAGUCGCCUUCGACGGAGAGGAGAAGAAUUCUCAUCAUGAUUUAUUCAGCUGAUCUCCCAGUUUCCAGCAACUCCCGCGGGAAGAGCAACUUUGUCCCCGGAUAGAAUGAAGAGAGGAGCGCAGAGAUACCUGUGAGAACCCGUCUGCUCCUCCUCAGAGAACUUCCUCCCUCUCCAUCCCCUCACUAUGUGGAUGCCAGCUGCUCUCCUAUGGAUGCUUAAUCUCAGCAGCUUGUGCUCCGGACAGGACUACACGGACUAUUACCAAGCUGGAGACGUGGGCACGCAGGCUCCAGAUCUGUCGGACGACCAGCCCGGCCUGGAGACGGUGACGAGCAUGGAUCAGCUCAUCCAGCUCUUCUACCCCCAGCACAGCCUGAUACAGCACUGCAUGAGGAAGAAGUCAUGGCGCGCCUCCUCCUCCUCCUCUUCCCCUUCCUUCUCCACCUCCUCCACCAGCCCCUUAAGCUACUCCAGCUCCGAGGAUUUCUGGGUUCCUCUGCGGGAGGAGGCUCUUUACAGGGUGGAUGGGACUUUGGGAGUCAUCCUGGAGGAGAUCCAGAAGACGUCGUGCCUGCCCAGAGAAGUGUGCGUGGAGGUUGCCAAAGAGUACCCACAAUCCACCAGCCAGUUCUACCUCCCUCGCUGCGUGUCGCUGCACCGCUGCGGCGGCUGCUGCACCAACGAGGCAUUUUACUGCACCAACACCAGUUUCACGCUGGUCAACAAGACGCUGAUGGAACUGUCUCCGCCCAGGAUGGACCGAUCCGUCGCCAUGGUAACCUUCAUCAACCACACGUCGUGCGAGUGCCUCUCCAAGCGGCCGCUCCACUCCAUCAUCAGGCGAUCGGCGACGGAUCACCUGUGCUCCCCGCCCGAGCUGCCUUGCGCCUCCGGGUCGCUGUGGGACCCCCUGAACUGCAUGUGUGUCUCCGUGGAUGCAGUCGGCUUCUCUCAGAGAGAAAUGGAGAUGCUGGACUCUAGUCUCCUGGCUCUCUGCGGGCCAAACAGGGUUCUGGACGAGUCCACCUGUGACUGCAUCUGUCAAAACGGACUCACAGAAGAAAGCUGCGAUCCAGGCUGGAAACUGGACCACGACACCUGUGAGUGCCAGUGUGAAGGACGAGGCGAGGGGAAGUUCUGUCCUGCAGGCCAACGGUGGGACAAUGAGCUGUGCGGCUGUGUGUGUGCCGCAGACUGCCCCCGAAACCAGCCGCUGAACCCAGACACCUGCCUGUGUGAGUGCAGGGAGAGUUCACAGUCCUGUCUACGGCAGGGCAUGAGGUUCAACUCCAGCACCUGCAGCUGUUACAGACGGCCCUGCAGAAACCCCAAACGCAUCUGCCAGCCGGAUUAUUACUACAACUACCGAGUGUGUCAGUGCAUCCCCAACUUCAUGAAGUGGAACUAACCAGCCAAAAGUGGACAGAAGCGGAUGCUGCCUCUGAUUCACCCUGAUGUCCACCACUUUUGGAACUAGAUCAGGAGACGAAAGUGUGUUCUGAAAAAAAAAAAAGAUCAGGUUUUCAAAGGCCUGACAUGAAUACUUCUCCCAAGGAGGAUCAGAGACCUUCUCCAGGAUAUCAAAGGGUGAAGAGCAAUUUAAAAAGGACAGAAAAUGGGAUAAUUUACUCUCUGGGAAUGUCUGCUGAUAAUUACAACUGGGAAGAACCAAUCACACCUGGAGACGGUCUGGACGAGCCAAUGGGGCGCUAAGUUACCCGCCGCGGCGUGUUGCAGCAAGUGCGUCGACCUCCGACCUGCAGCGGAGGCGGCACACACGUCUGUGCAAACUGGAAUGUGGGAUAAGAUAAUGACAGGCCAGACUCCACCCCCAUCUUUUCCUUUUAAAAUCAAAGAGCCUGGAGGUGUUCAUUUAAGUAAAUCAUGCCAUGUGGAAGUUGCAGAAGAUACAGAUCUAAAAAGUUGACAAAGAAAGCUCAACUUCUAAAUAACCAGGCCAGUCACAGCUGAGCAACAACAGCUUAUUUAUCCUUCAACAAUCAGCUAACGUUAUUUGUACAUAUAUAUUUCAUAUUUAAAUCUUAAAUCACUAUUAUUGCACAAAUACUGUAUUUAAGUCACUCUAAAGUGUAUUAUUUUGAAGUACAACUUCUGUCCUUGUACUUGUUUUUACUGAAAGCCCGACUGCUUCGACUCCUUUCUGUCACACAGAUGAAGACUUUUGAUGUUUGUGAUUUAUGUAGUGAAAAUGCCUCCACCGUGCUUAAAUUAUUACGCAUUAAAAUCUGUCGCACUUCCA